AAUAACUUUUGAGCAAAUCCGUUGUUAAUAUACGGAUCGCAGACGCCUACUGGUUUCUCGUCCAUUAAGUACAUAAGAAAUUAUAGUCUAAUGUUAGCAAUUCAAUACACUUUACAAAUUACGAGUAUACCAUGGACAAGGAUGAACGGGACUACUGGCACCUCCGAUCCAUUUACAACGAGGAAGUGCCGCGCUUUCCACCUACGAACAUGGUGGAGCCACUAACACCCCGCAACGUCUUGCAGCUAUACUUCAAUACCUUCAUUGGCGCCAAUCUGGCCGAGUCGUGCGUGUUUCCGCUCGACGUGGCCAAGACCCGGAUGCAGGUGGAUGGCGAGCAGGCUAAAAGGUCGGGCGCCAGGAUGCCCACGUUUCGGGCAACCCUCGGCAACAUGAUAAAGGUGGAGGGCUUUAGGUCGCUCUACGCCGGCUUCUCGGCGAUGGUCACCCGGAACCUGAUCUUUAACUCGCUGCGCGUCGUCCUCUACGACAUCUUUCGGCGCCCGUUCCUCCACCUGAACGACCGAAACGAAGAAGUCCUCCGUAUCCACUUGGCGCUGGGCUGCGGCUUCACGGCAGGCUGCAUAGCCCAGGCGCUGGCGAACCCCUUCGACAUCGUCAAGGUGCGGAUGCAGACGGAGGGCCGGCGCCGGCAGCUGGGCUACGAGGCGCGGGUGAACAACAUGGUGCAGGCCUUUGUGGACAUCUACAGGCACGGCGGAGUGCCCAGCAUGUGGAAGGGCGUGGGUCCCAGCUGCAUGCGAGCCUGCCUGAUGACGGCCGGCGACGUGGGAAGCUACGACAUCAGCAAGCGCACCUUCAAGCGCCUGCUGGAGCUGGAGGAUGGCCUGCCGCUCCGUUUCCUUUCCUCCAUGUGCGCAGGGUUCACUGCCUCCGUGCUCAGCAAUCCGGCGGACGUGAUCAAGUCGCGUAUGAUGAACCAGCCGGUGGACGAAAAUGGGAAGAACCUUUAUUACAAAAACUCGAUCGAGUGCAUCAGAAGGCUCGUGAGGGAAGAGGGUGCCCUCACCUUGUAUAAGGGCCUGAUGCCCACUUGGUUUCGCCUCGGGCCCUUUUCAGUACUAUUUUGGCUGUCCGUCGAACAGUUGCGCCAGUGGGAAGGACAGGCGGGUUUUUGAACGUACAAUUAUAUGAUGGUGUCGUAUUAUGUAGUUAUUUUCGUGUACAAUAAAAAACACAAUAUAUUGGCCUCGACCACGAGUACGAUUUAAAUAA